GGCCAGGAGACCCGGAGCGGGACCUGCAGGAUCCGCGUUCCGGCUGCGGGCUCCCGUCAUGCUGGGCACGGUGAAGAUGGAAGGCCACGAAGCUCCGGACUGGAGCGGAUACUACAGCGAGGAGGUUUACUCCCCGAUGGCCGGUGGUGGGAUGGGUUCUGGUCUCGGCAUGGGUUCAAUGUCUGGCUACAUGUCGAGCAGCGGGACCACGUCAGGCUCCUUCAACAUGUCCUACAGUGGCACCGGUCUCAGCCCUGCCCCUGUGGGAGCAAUGGGCGGUUCUGCUCAGGCAGCCAUGACAGGGCUGGGCGGAGGUGUGGCCUCGAUGGGUGGGGCCCUAAGCCCGUCGAGCAUGAGCUCUGUGUCAGCCCAGCAGGCCUCGAUGGGCCUGAACCCGUACGGUGGCAUGAGCCCCAGCAUGAGCCCCGGCAUGGCGUACGGCAGCGGGGGACUCAACCGAUCCCGUGACAACAAGGCGUUCAGACGGAGCUACCCACAUGCCAAGCCGCCAUACUCUUAUAUCUCCCUCAUCACCAUGGCAAUUCAGCAGGCACCCAGUAAAAUGCUGACGCUGAGUGAAAUCUACCAGUGGAUCAUGGACCUUUUCCCGUACUACCGGCAGAACCAGCAGCGCUGGCAGAACUCCAUCCGCCACUCGUUGUCCUUCAACGAUUGCUUCGUGAAGGUAUCACGCUCACCGGACAAACCGGGGAAGGGCUCGUACUGGACACUGCACCCAGACUCUGGGAACAUGUUCGAGAAUGGCUGCUACCUGCGCCGCCAGAAGAGGUUCAAGUGUGAGAAGAAGAUGUCGACCAAAUCAGAUGGCAGGAAGGAGCAGGGUGGCAGCAGUGGAGGUGGGGCGGCGUCUCCUGUGGGAGACACCAUGAAACCUCCGGGACUCCUGGACUCCUCGCUGCCCUCCUCCAGCCAGGCGACCUCGCCUCCCGGGCUGGACCUGCGAGGAGGUGUGGGCGGGCCGUCCGACCUAAAGGUGUCUGGCGCCCAGCUUCUGUCCUCCCUCUCGCUGCCCCCCCACUCCAUGGCCCACGACUCACAGCUCCACAUCAAAGGAGACCCGCAUUACUCCUUCAACCACCCAUUCUCCAUCAACAACCUGAUGUCGUCCUCAGAGCAGCAGCACAAACUGGACCUGAAGGCCUAUGAGGCGUUGCAGUACUCCUCCUACAACACCGGAGGGACGUCCGGCCUCGGGGGGAGGACCAUGGAGCCGCUGGAGACCUCCUACUACCAGGGGGUCUAUCCCAGACCACUCCUCAACACCUCGUAGUAGCCACUGCACCUCCUGCUGGACUUUCUGCAUGCAGCCGUCACGGACUUCCUGUCGGACUGAGAUGGACUCCUGAAC